AUGUUAAAGCUUUUCAUUAGUUCGAUCUUGAAGGUUCUCUCCCAAGUAAACGGUGGCGUUCGAAGUCGAAGGCAAGCAGGCUAUGACAGUUUUUCCAAUUCUGAAAUUGCUCAUCCUGGUGCAGGAGUAAGCGGCAGCGUUAUGACAAGCUUUGCAAGUGGCCAAGGCGGUACCGCUGGUGGCGGUGGUGCUUGCUGUGGAUGUGGUGUCUCACCUCCGGGACCACCUGGAUUACCAGGGCCAGAUGGAAAAGAUGGUCGAGAUGGCGAACAAGGACCUCCAGGAAGAAAUGGACCUGACGCACCUCAGUCACCACCUGCGCAGCCACGUAUCGAUUGGUGCUUCGAUUGUCCGGAUGCACCAGCUGGUCCAGCAGGAAAUCCUGGACCAAAAGGUCCACGCGGAAUGACUGGUCCACCAGGAAGAAAUGCAGAUGGAGGCCUCAGAGGACCACCAGGUGCACCAGGUCUUCCUGGACCAAGUGGUCAACGUGGUGCACCAGGUCCAAAAGGACCACCAGGACCACCUGGAUCUGUUAUCGAGAGACCAGGACCAAUGGGUCCACCAGGUCCAAAAGGAUUACCAGGUCUUGCUGGUCUACCAGGACCAGCAGGAAAUAAUGGAAAUCCUGGUAAUGAUGGUAUGCAAGGGCCAGCUGGAAAUGCAGGACGAGAUGGAGCACCAGGAAAAGCAGGUAUUGAUGGACCGCCUGGACCUCAGGGAGAUCGUGGAGGUUCUGGUGCCUGUGAUCACUGCCCACCACCAAGAACAGCACCCGGUUAUUAA